GCAAAAUAUUUUGUCAAAUUUUUAGGUUAUGCAAAUGUUAACCUAUACAAUAAUUUCGAUACUCAAACGAAUAGAAAAUUUGUCUAUUUAUUAAAGAUAUUAUUUAAAGAGUAAAAACAAAGAAGUUCCAAAAAUGGAAGAGCCGAAAAUUGAAGAUUUGGAUUUGUAUGAAAUUCUGGAAAUUGAAAUAACUAGCACUGUCGCAGAUAUUAAAAAAGCGUACAGAAAAAAAGCCCUUCAGUGCCAUCCAGACAAAAACCCGGACAAUCCAAAUGCAGCAAAAGAAUUUCACCAGCUGUCUCGAAUUCUUGAAGUGUUAAUAGACGAAACUGCUAGAAAAGCAUAUGAUGCAGUUCUAAAAGGUCGUAAAGAAGCUGCGAUAAGACAUAAGGAACUUGACAGUAAAAGGAGAAAACUGAAAGAGGAUUUAGAAGCUCGUGAACGACGUGCGGCUGCCGGUUAUAAAACAAAAUCUGCAGAUGAGAAACUAAAAGAGGAGAUUGAAAGAUUACGCAAAGAAGGUUCUAGACAAGUGGAAGAAGAACUUGAAAGAAUCAGACAGGAAGUUCUGGAAGAACAGAAAGCUAAACUCGACGCUAACAGUUGCAGUGGGGCAAAUCACAGAAUUAAAAUCAAAUGGAAUGUUGUUAAAGAUGAUAAAACAAAUGGAGGGUAUAAUUAUGAAAACCUUCAUAGGUUUUUAUCAAAGUAUGGUAACGUGACCGCACUAGUACUGUCUCAGAAAAGAAUGGGUACUGCGCUUGUUGAAUUUGAAACAAGAAAUGCAGCAGAAAUGGCUAUCGAGAUGGAAGUAGGGCUUCCCUCAAAUCAAUUAAAACUCGAAUGGGUCAACCCACCCCCAAUUCGUAAAAGCGUCCCCAGUUCUCUUGUGAAGCCCUCUGACUAUGAAAGUGUAGUAUUGACCAAAAUGAGACAAGCAGAGGAGAGGCGGAGGCUAAUCGAACAGUUGAAAGCAGAAGACGCCGAUGAUUAGUUGUACAUUACAAUAAAAUAUAAAUAAACUUUUU